AUGCCCAGGAUUGGGCAUGAGCCCCACCCCUGGAAGCCAGGUUGGCCCACAGCUGAGGCCUGGCACCCUCUAAUUCACCACACCGUGCACUCACCACCACCCUCCAGGUCCUCCAAUGAACCGAGCAAGGCCUGGCGCUCAGCCCACACCCCGGCGGGGUGCAGCUGGGAUUUGUGGGUUUCCCUCCCUAAUCCCUGCCUCUCCUCUGGUGUGGCACCAGGAGCCCGUAGGGAUGUGGGAGAUGAUGGAACCCCACUGCACCCUGCCGUUGUCCAUCAUCCGGGCAGAGGGGACGGUGGCCUGGCCUGCAGCCUGGAGGAGGAAGAUUCAGCAGUUGGGGGGAGUACAUGGGGGCUCCCCGAGAACCACAUGGGAAGGGAAGCGGGGGCUGGCUGCUGCUUUUCAGUCUGGCUUCCUGAAGGGAACAAGGACUAG